ACCGCUGCUUUCAAAUUCCGCGGGCACUUCAUUUUCCCCGAGAGCGACUCCAUGAAAUAAAACACAGCAUAGUGUUUUGUUAGCUGUUUAGCAAAUCUUUAGUAAAAACACCAAAAAUACACAGCCAUGUCUUUGGAAGACGAGGUUUUCAGGAUUGGGAAACAGCUGGAAAAGAUCGUGUCUCAAGAAAAAGACGCAAUGGACCAGCUUGCUGCGAGAGAUUUGUUAAAAAAUCUUAAAGACCUACCCAUAACAUUAGAGUGCUUGCAGAAAACAAGGAUUGGAAUGUCUGUGAACACUUUACGAAAAAAGAGUGAUAACUCGGAUGUUCAAGUCAUGGCAAAGUCUCUCAUCAAGUCUUGGAAAAAGCUUCUUCCUGAGAAGUCAAAUGAUCAGGACAGCAAAGGAGACAACAACAAGCUACUACAGAGUGAAAAAUCAAGUCGUAGUACCUCGCCAGCCCUUAGUACUAAGUCUGAUUCAUCAGAAGCAUCAUCUAUGGACAAGAAAAUAGUGUCAUUUCCCCAAGCAGCUGCCACCAACAAUUCUGUCAGGGAUAAAUGCAAAGAAAUGAUCCAGAAUUCAUUGAAAGUUGUAGAAGGCUUUGAAGCUAGUCCUGAAGUUGUUGCCUCAAGAAUCGAGCAGUGUAUAUUUGAUGAAUUCAAAGAUACCAAUGUAAAGUAUAAGCAGAGAAUACGAAGCAGGGUCAACAAUUUGCGUGAUCCUAAAAACCCAAUGUUAAAGGCAAGAGUAUUGGGUGGAGAAAUACCCCCUGAAAGAUUUGCCGUCAUGUCUUCAGAGGAAAUGGCCACUGAAGAGAUGAAAGAGAUCCGCCAGAAGUUCACAAAAGAAGGAAUAAGAGAAGCUCAAAUGGCUAAACAAUCAGGAACAGUGACCGCUUUAUUUAAAUGUAGCAAAUGUGGUCUAAGAAAAACUACUUAUAAUCAGCUACAAACACGAAGUGCUGAUGAACCAAUGACAACAUUUGUAUUAUGUUUGCAUUGUGGGAACAGAUGGAAGUUCUGUUAAUAGACAAGUGAAGAAUAUAGUAGUGGUAUGUGUUUCACAUAUGUUCUGAUGUCAAUGCAUCUGGCAGCAACUAGUAUUGAAGGUAUAGCUGUUAUAUAUGGUGUGACAAUACGCCAAGUGUAUUUCUCUCUACUAUAACCCUUGGAAACCCCUGUCAGUCAACUUGAUAUACACUUGAUUGUAUCUUCCAUCUCCAGUUGCUUUGCUAUUUUGGUUCCAUCUUUCUAAUUCUUCUGUAAGCGUAUUUCCGAAUUUAUGACAACAAGCUUUUUAGGAUCAUUUAGGAUUAAGCAGUUGAUUUUUCAUUUGUAGUGAUAUAAAUAAUGUGCUCUCUUUGUUUUGUAAGAUAUUAAAAAUAGAAAGUGAUAAUAUAUUUUCAGAAAUUUAUGUUAUGCCAAGACAUGCUAUGGGCCAUUGCAUUUUGGAAGAUUUUUCAAAAGAAACAUUCUACAUUCUACAGAGUCUCCCUCCGCUUCCCCUAAAGAAGGGAAGGAAAGAGGAGAUAAUCUUCUCAAAGGAAACAAUAGGCUUUUAUGGCUUAGACAUGGUGUUUUCUAACCCUGUCACUAUUAAUCUUACCCAACCUAAAAUGCAAUGGCUCAUUUCCACUUGGUACUUUUUUGUCAAAGUCACAGAAACACCAUCUUAAUUUCAACAAUUGAACUCCUUACCUUAGGAGUAACGUUUACCUAUUUCAGAACACAUGUUAUUAUUCUCUUAGGAAUAAGAUUCUUUGUUUGAGUUGUAUCCAUAUUUACACAUCCUCUCAUGCACAACCGUUAAACAAAGAAAUGAUACUCUAGAGAAUGACAUUUGGUCUGAAAUGCGAAAACGUCCAGUCAAGUUAAAAAGGUCUAUUAUUUUGUGUGUGUUUGUAUAUAUCAUGGUUUUGUUUUUCCGUUUUCUAUCUAAUUUGUGACAUAUACAUAUCGUAUGAGUUUUGCUGUUAAGAGCAAUUUGGCUUAAUUGCAGUCUUAAGACACAAUAACCCCUUUAUUAAUAGUAAUUGAUGUAAAAGGACUCUCUGAUGAUGUCUUUGGUUUAAAGACUAAUAAAAAUUAACCUACAGAAAAUUAUAAAUUAA